AAGAUGGCAUGUAAUUUAUUAAAAGACGCACUUUAGUUGGAGCUUUGCGUAUUCUAACAAGGAUUGUAGCCAUAACUUUGAUAAAUAUUGAGAUAAUGAGUCUAAAAAAUAAAACCAACAGCUAAUGAUGAUUUUCGCUCUGGCUUGUGUUUGAUACACGUUGUUAUUUUUACGAGGAACACUUGAAGGCAGCACCCAGCCCACCACAACCAUUGCUUCUUGAAAGAAGGUGAAACGAAACUUUUCCUGCCGGCUCUUUACCUCAGUUUCAAAAUUUGGUGUGCAGUGUCAAGCGGGAUAUAACAACAUUGAAGAAAGUCAACUUUAUAGCCUACAUCAUUAUGGCACAUUAUAGAGCUCCAGACCCCAAAAGGGAGCAGUUUCGGAGAUACUUGGAGAAAGCUGGAGUAGUCGACAGUCUAACCAGUGUUCUAGUGUCUUUGUAUGAACAACCUGAAAAGCCCAACAAUGCUCUGGAAUUUGUGAAGCAGCACCUCAAUGUUGCGGGUCAGACUUCAGCGGACUCUGAUGCUCUGCAGCAGGAGGUGAUUGACUUGAGGCAGAGAUGUGCUUGUCUGGUAGAGGAAAACAAAGACCUCAAAACCAGGCUGCAGCAGUAUGAACCUGAAGACGCAGCCACGGUGGACUAGACCACAGCAGCAGCACUUUCUUAAUUAAUGUGAUUUAUUUUGCUGUCACUUUCAAGACACGAUAACACUUUUACAUGAAAGGCAAAACAUUUUAGGUACCUGUUUUUGUAAAUCUUAUUUUCUACUAUGUUUCUUAGACUUUAACUUAUUCUGUACAUGUAUGUAAGUUUGUUUCUUGUUUUAUCUUGGCUUAACUGAGAAAAUGCUUUUCUCUACAACUGGAAAAGUCCGUUAUUAAGACAUGGGGAAUGUCUCUUCUUUUUUUUUAAUUUUUUUGAAGGUCUAUCAAAGAAAAUAACCGAUGUGCUAAAAAUGUAAUAUUUACUGUCAGUUAUAAACACAUACACUCUGUCCAUCUAUAUGACAGUGUGUGACAAAAACACACUUAUACUUUAUUUCCAAAGAUCUGCUGUAAGUGAACAGUUGUAAAAUAAAACACAGUCUUGUAACUAUU